CCUCCCAGCUCAUAAAAGGUUGAGGGCAGGGCAGGCAGCAGACGCAUCGAAGGUGCAGUGAUGAGGGCGGACACAAAGCGAACCUGCAUCUCCCUGCUCAGUCUGAUGAUGACAGUAGCUUGUGGGGUCGCCCUUGAUACCUACCCAGAAGUGCAGGUCGUGGGCCUGGGAGGGGACGAGAAGUUGGCCAUACUCCGGGGAUGCCCCGGUGCUCCUGGUGCAACAGGGCCCCAAGGGGAUCCAGGUGUCCCUGGUGCAAAAGGUGAAAGGGGCCUGCAGGGACUCCCUGGGAAAAUUGGACCCCCGGGAUUGAAAGGAGACAAGGGUGACCCAGGUGCUCGUGGGGAGAAAGGUGAUAAAGGUGACGCAGGAGCCCCAGGGAAGAUUGGACCCAACGAGCUGAAUGACAUCCACUGCAAGCAGGGUGCCAGAAAUUGCAAAGAGCUGUUGGCCAAGGGAGUGCUCCUGAGCGGCUGGUACACCAUCUACCCCCGGGACUGCGUGCCCCUGACGGUGCUGUGUGACAUGGAUACUGAUGGAGGGGGAUGGAUUGUCUUCCAAAGGCGAGUGGACGGCUCUGUGGAUUUUUACCGGGACUGGGACUCUUACAAGAGAGGGUUUGGAAGCCAGCUCACGGAAUUCUGGCUGGGAAAUGACAACAUCAACCUGCUGACCUCCUUGGGAGCGAAUGAACUGCGCAUCGACCUCACCGAUUUCGACAACAUCCAUGUAUUUGCCAAAUAUGCGUCCUUCACAGUUUCGGGGGAAACGGAUCAGUACCGGCUGGCACUUGGGAGUUUCAGUGAAGGCACUGCAGGUGAUUCACUCACUGGCCACAACAAUAUGCCUUUCUCCACCAAGGACAAACAGCAGGACCCCAACAACAGUAAAUGUGCAGAGACAUAUAAAGGAGCGUGGUGGUACAACGUUUGCCAUACCUCCAACCUCAAUGGGAGGUACUGGCUGGGGGCCCACAGCUCCUUUGCCGACGGAGUGAACUGGCAAUCUGGCAAAGGGUACAACUAUUCCUACAAGCAUUCAGAAAUGAAAUUCAGGCCAGUGGCCUAGUGGAGAAGAGCAAGAGAGGCCUACAGAUGUGGCCUUCAGCUGGAUGCUCCUGGACGUGUGGGCUCCUCUUCCAUUGCACUCUGAUAUGGUCUUCAUUCUAGAUUGGCCUGCAAGAUCUGCUUUUCCUCUCCCUGUAAUAGACGUUGUUAAGUGACAGCCGCCUCCACUUGGAUGAAGCCAUGCUUUGGAAUGAAAGAGAUUAUGAACAGCUUCUGUGGAAGGCGUUUUCCAAAAUUGAGCCAUCCUUCUGCAUCACCAGUCAUCACUUGAUGUCUUGGCUUACAUCCAUGUAACGUAUGCCAAACAGUAGGCAGACCUUCCCCCCCCAAGCUAUAUCAGUGAAACCUUAUGAAGUUGUACAACAGUGUACCAAGAGAAUUGUGAAAUAAAGGUUUCCCCCCUAAUUUCUUCACCAGUGGCUGUUUUGCAGCACACUGUAUGAAUUGA